AUGGAAGUGUGGUGGUUUUCUCGAGUGAUAGCUCAUCAUCCUUAUACCAUUUUAAUGGCAAUUCUUAUUUUUUCUUCAACAUGUUUGAUUCUUCCCCUAGCUAUUAAAAAAUUUCCAGAUUUCUCUGAUCCUCAAUUAGGUUUUGAAGCAAGAGGCACAGUAUUAGCACAAAGACUUAUUGCUUGGCAAAAUUUGUUGGAAUCAAAUAAACCAAAAGGAUUGUUAAUUGAUAAUCCUUUAGAAUAUUAUCAUUAUAUGCAAAAAUUAAAUCAAGAGAAUUUUCAGAAUGCUCUUAUACAAAAUUAUAGUUGCAUUGAUGAGAAUCAAUGUAUUAUUAGAAGAAAACCUAAAAAUAAAAAAAAAGGAGGAAAAAAAUAUCAAAAACAAAUUAAUAAAGGAGAAAGAGCAGAUAAAGUUGAAACUAAAAAUAAAUGGGAACAAUUGAUAGAGUUAAAGAACAAAAAUAGAUUAGAUAUGAUAAAGGAUUACAAAAGUCAAGAGUAUAUUGACAAUGAAAAUUUCUUCUGUAAUUUACCAUCUUCAGCUUAUGCACGUGUGGUUAUUGGUAGAAACUCUGAAGAUACAGAUUUAUGGUCAAUGGAAGGUGUAUUAGCUCAAUGUUAUAUUGAUGGAGAGCUUAGAUCAAAUUCACAUUUUCCUUCUUUAUGUCAAAUGCAAAUGGAACAUAACAAUACAGAACAAAAGUGUUGUAGAAGUUGGUCACCAGCAAAUUAUGUUGCGCUUUUGUCUAAUCGAAGUUCUUGUUUGGGUGUAACAGAGACUGACCUUAGUCGUGUAGAAACUCUUUUAAAGAGAUGUGUUUAUUUUUAUCAAAAUCGCCAUUUAACAUCAAACUGUGCAGAAGAUUUAAAUUGUCAAAGACAUGUGCCAACUGAAUGCUAUAUGCAUAAUGCAGCUUACCAUCUAUUACAUUACUUAUUAGAUAUUGAUUUUAUUUUAGAUCAUAAGCAAGAUUCUCAAAAUAAGCUAAACUCAACAUUGAAAUAUGCAAUGUUAUUUUUACCAAUUGCUGCAAGUUCAGCUACUUUAGAUUUUUAUAAAGGAUUGAAUAAUGGUGAUCUAUCUUAUGGAAAGUUUUCUGUAAAGGGAAUGCAGUUGGGUCUAAAAAGUACAUUGUUUGACCGAUUAUUAGUGUCAGAUUCUAUUUUAUUACUUAUUGGUUUUGCUUUUGUAACAGUUUGUAUAUGGGCAUAUACUGGUUCUUUGUUAUUAACUGUUACGACCAUUACUGCAGUGAUUUUUAGCCUUGGCAUUUCAUAUGCAUUUUAUACUUUAGUUUUACAUAUCAAGUUCUUCCCAUUUAUGAAUCUCUUGGCAAUUAUUGUUGCUGUAGGGAUAGGUGCAGAUGAUGCAUUCAUAUAUUGCAAAAUUUGGGAGAGAGGAAAGGAACAAAAAGUAUUAAAUAAUGGAUUGGUUAGAUUGGUGCAAGAAACAAUGAAACAUGCUGUUCCAUCUAUGUUUGUUACAUCUCUAACUACUGCAGUAGCAUUCUUUGCAUCGGUUGUUAGUAAUGUUACUGCUAUAAAUUGUUUUAGUUUAUUUUCAGGAAUGACAGUUAUUGCAAAUUUCUUUUUAAUGAUUACUUGGUUGCCAGCAUGCGUCGUAGUAUCGGAACGAUUCAAACUAGGUGUUUUGUCUCCUGCAAAUUUUAUAACGCGAAAAAUUAUUCGACCCUUACGACUAUUUGGAGAUAAAGUAGCGUUAACUUUUAAUACUUUUCUUACAAGAAUAGUUAUUAAUUUUCGAUGGUGCUGGUUGUUAAGCUUGGGUAUUAUAGCAAUAAUAUGUUGCAUCAUUGUUUUCCAAUACCCUGGUUUACAAUUACCAGACACUGCAGAUUUCCAAUUAUUUGAUAGUUCUCAUCCAUUUGAAAAAUAUGAUCUAGUAUAUUCUCGAAAAUUCUGGUUUGAAAAACAUGAAACAAUUAAUAAUGGAGAUGUAUUGCCACUAAGAUUUGUAUGGGGCAUUAAACCAAUUGAUAAUGGCAAUUAUUUAGACCCUGGAUUAAUUGGUACACCAGAAUGGGAUGAAUCUUUUGAUGUAUCUCAUCCAGAAUCACAAUUAUGGCUUGAAAAAUUUUGCCGUAAUUUACGAGCUCAACCUUUCUAUCGUGAUACUUUAGGACCUUUGCUUCCAAACUGUUUUAUUGAAUCAUUGCAUAAUUGGAUGCAACGACGUUGUGAAGAUCCUAUAGAUUCACGCAUUAGCUACUUGCCGUGUUGUGAAAAAAGUAAAUUUCCAUAUAACGCUAGCACUUUACAACAAUGUGCAGCUGAAGCAAAUGCAGAAUUAUAUCGUACACCUGCAUAUUUGUGGGUUCGUAGUGAUGUUUCCGCUGGUUUAAAAUUUUUAAAUGAACCAAAUCUUACACAAUUACAAGUACUGAAUGAAACAAAUUCUUUAACAAUGCCAACGCCUAAAAUUAAAGCAUUAGUUGUCGAGUAUGACAGUGUAUACAAUUACAGUCUGUCCUUCACAAACAUGGAUUUAUUUUUUCAACAGGUAGAAACAUGGAUGCAAAAUCAAUUAAAAAAUGCACCAUUAGGAAUGCGUGGUGGCUGGUUUGUCAGUAGAUUAGAAUUUUAUGAAUUACAGCGAACAUUGUAUGAAGGUACUCUUUGGGCAAUGGGAGUUUCAUUAAUUCUAGCUCUUAUAGUGUUGGCUUUUGUAACAUUUAAUCCUCUUAUUAGUCUAUAUGCAAUUAUAACAAUUGGUGCAGCAAUUACAGUAACAAUUGCUGGUUUGAUUCUUCUUGGUUGGAAACUAAAUGUUUUAGAAAGUGUUGCAGUUUCUACAGCAAUAGGUCUGACUGUAGAUUUUAGUUUGCAUUAUGUUGUAAGUUAUAGAGCUUGUACUUCUAAAGAGAGAGAAAAUAAAGUAAAAACAGCGCUUACACAAAUGGGUGGUCCAACUUUAAUGGCUUCUCUUACAAGUGGUGCAGCUGGUGCUCUCAUGUUACCUUCAUGUGUAUUAGCAUAUAUUCAAAUUGGUAUAUUUUUGUUACUAGUAAUGGGUAUAAGUUGGAUAUACGCUACAUUUUUUUUGUGUCCAGUAUUAGCAAUUAUAGGUCCAUCAUCACAUUUUGCUCAGUUUGAAUAUCCUAGAGCCGAACACAAUAUUGGCGGUCUCAGUACAAGUCGAUGGCUGGAAGCACUUUGGGAACCAGCAGCCAGAUUAUACACUUUACCAAAUACUCUUGAUAUGCUCGAUGUAAGCGGCGAUGGAGAUGCUAGGCUUAUCUGUGCCGAUUUAGAGACACUUGGAGCCAAUUCGCCCAAAAUACGAGUUUACAAGGGUGGCGAUCAGAUAACGGAGCACAACAUGGUAGACCCGCCAUGCGGAGUGGUUGGUUUUUACACCGAGAAUGGAGAACCUCGAUCAUCCGUGUUGGCAGUAGGUGUUGGUUCCAGUAUCUGGCAUAAAGCCGGACUGGACGAGGAAUUGAAUAUACUAACAUUAGCCGACGAGCUGGAUCUGCUGUUGAAGGAACUUGGUGCGGGAUUUAUCUCGCCACGAACACUGAGAUUCCUGUCUUUGGAUCCAAAUUUAAGACCUAGUUUCGCGGAAGAGUACAGACGAAUUCCACUUGUUAAAAGCAAUGCUUUAACCGCGGUUUCCGUGAUUCGUAGAGAUUCGUGGAACGAUCCGGCGAGUGGCUGUCUCGUACUGGGUACGGAAUUUGGAGAAGUACUUAUCUUGGAUCCUCGAACACUUUCCGUUAUGGACAAACAUUUAUUGGAAUGGCCACCAGUAGCCUUCGCAUGUAUAGGUCUGUGGACUGGUGAUGGGAGGAUAGUAACUGUCGGAAGGGACGGUAAAAUCGGUACGAUAAGAAGAGGAAGUCCUGUAAAACUUUGGGAAAAGUUACCAUCACCGGCUGUAGGCAUAUCAGCACUCAAUAACGAUGGUACCGCGGUAACUGUUAUGGACGGCACUUUGAUUGGUUUCUCCAGAAAGGGAAUUAAACUUUGGCACGUUCAUAUUCCGGGUGCGAUUUUGGAUUCCAUAAGCCUACCAGUUCCCCAGAUUGGACUUUCUUUGCUCGCUGUAAGUACUGCUGGAUACGGUAUUCGCGUAUACGAUGGGAAACAUCACGUAGAUACAUUGAAGGUUACGGAACCAGUGUCUGCGAUGAAGUACGGCAAAAUGGGUCAAGAAGAAAGAACAAUGGCAAUGGUCACCGUAGGUGGUGGCCUCUGUGUGAAAAUACUAAAACGUACCGCUGAUUUUAGCAUUCAUAACGCAAUGUCAAAUUUGACGUUGAAUGACAGUUCUAGAUUUGUAAUUCCAAAGAAAACGCGAUUGUUCGUGGAGCAAACGAUACGAGAGAGAUCCGAAGCGAAAAAGAUUCAUACUACUUUUCAACAAGGUCUCCUACGACUGAGACUGAUGGUGGCUAAAAAGGUAGUAGAAUCUUUGAAUGACAGUCAAGAUGCAGGUCCGCAUCCGCUUACCAUGGAAGCUACUGUUUUAGGAUUGGGUCCAAAUUAUCAAAUUCGUAUUUUAUUGACGAAUAUAUCCGACGAAUUAUCCAACACCGAUUUGUACAUCGUUUGUAGAAGCGAAAAUACAGAAGUGAAACCACGUGUGAUGGAUGUCCCUCUGUUACCGAGCGGCAUUCCGAUUCCUUUGAUUGUUCAUGCGAUUUUGAAAGGUCGGAUAUCGGGAAAGGUGGAGAUUUUGCUGUGUAGGAAAUUGAAAACGAAACCAAUAACUGUGACAACGGUGAUUCUACCUGCUGCCGAAGAAGAUAUCGAAGUUUAG